GCAGCUAACUUUCAUCUCACUUGAGCUUUCGACCAACGGGAAAAAAAAUGGGGGGCGAAGAGAUAUCCGAGUACGAGAAGCUUAGGCUGACGAGGAUCGCUGAGAACAAAGCAAGGCUGGAAUCACUCGGGCUUACGCAUCUCGCCUUCUCCCUUGUCGGUUCUUCUUCCAAACAGCAGCCGAAGGAGCGGAACCCGAAGAAGAAUAAGGUUAAGCGCGGCGUCGGAGCCGGCGACGAGGAAGAUGAGGAAUACCGGCCAUCCGAUGACGAUAGGGGGGCAGAGGAGGAUGAUGAAGAGGAGAGUUCCGUGGAUAGCGAAGAAGAUGAAGACGCGAGAGCUUCUUUCAGUUCCGGAAGGAUGG